GUAGCCGUGGUCGUUGAAUCCGUCCGGUCACUGGUUUAACUGGUUUUCCUGGAUAGGAUUUCGGGGAUUGUGAGCUAUACAGCUCCUGUCAUUAAUUGUGCGCAUGUGUUCGUUUCGUAUGAAGAAUGCACAUAUGAAAUUUUAAGCAUACCUACACCUAUGAUGGGUAAAUGUUUUGUUAUAGCUGUAGUUGUACCGCUGGUAACUGGUGUAAAAAGGAAAAUGGCAGUGGCACAGUGCAAGUGAUGAUUUUCGUCUUGCAAUUUCUAUUGACGACUUUUCAAAGAAACUAAACGAAAUUAUUAUUGAAAAUUGUCGAAAUUGUCGCCGCGUUGUAUCUAGAAAUGUUAAUUAUGGUCUGAUAUGUUCUAAUCGUGGGUGUUGUGUAUGAAAAAGUUGGUUUGUUUAUUUCAUAUAGUCGCCUCCUUGCCCGUCAUCGGUGCUGUGCUGUGAUUCAAGUUUUUUUUUUUUUCUCUUGUUUCUUGUUCGUACCGUGCCUCGAAAAAGCUAUGAGAAAAAAAGGAAGCUAAAGGAAGAAAAAAAAAUAGAAUAUAAAGAAAAUCCUUGCGGAAAAAAGGGAAAUAUUUUGGUGGUGUAAAUUGCGACAAGGUAGUUGGAAGCCAGUGCACUCAGUCAUUCGUGGUUUUUUUUUUUUUUUUUGUAACUUGUCUACUUUGCUUAUAAUGUGAAUUCAGUUUUGGCGUUUGUUGUUUAUCCAUUCAUUGGUGUCUUCUUGAUGUUGGUGUAGUGCUUCCGAAGAAGAGGAAGGCUUUCGCCUGAGAUGUUACUUCUGCUGUUCCAACUAGUCGAUCUUGUUUUCCGGUGAAAUGCUAUAACAUCUUUUUGUUAUUGGAAUAUAAAAGAAAGUGCAAGGACUCAUCACGGAUCGUUGAAUGUGGUUUAGUGUUGGUUCUUAGUUCUCCAGUUGUGUCCGGCUCAUCACUUGGCAGUACCACGUUGUUUUCCGGUAAUGAGUGUCUAUAGAUCAUUUGGAACAUCAGCUAUGAUGCCGAUGUUUGUAUGUGUUCUUGAUGAAGUAGAGAUCAGAGCAUCUUUAAGGAAAUAGCUAGGCUAUUGCAUGGACAACUCCUAGAACACGAUAGCAGCUACUAACAAUUUCGACCUUGGAACAUCACUUUUGUUAUCGUGAUUUAUUUUGAAUAAACCUCGAACAUCUGGACCAAUUCGUCGGCUUCGUCUCAUUCUGAAUGGAUUCCCUCAAUCAGUGCUGCAAUGUAACCAGUGCUUGCAAGAAAUGUGGCUCGUCUACCUUGGAAGGGCUCUUGGAAAAUCAUGUCAGCACCUCGUUUACGGGGGUAGUUCUUCGGAUCUCUUUAUUGAAUAAAGGAUUUUGCUGAUCCGAUAGAGUGACUAGACUGACAAGAGGAAAUCAGCCAAACUACACUAUGACUUGAAAGAGAUCCUGUUCCGUUUGGCUGCCAGAGAACAAGACGAAAUAAGGUCCCUGAAGAUAAGAAAUAAGUUUCAUAUUCCGUUUCAACAAAAAUCAAGAGUGAUCAACAGGAAAGUUUAAUGGAUUGGACAAUAUUUAUAACAGUGUCAGCCUGUUAUCGCCUAGUUGGACCUUGUGGGAAUACUCUAUGAAAAUUGCCCAAGGCGGGUAAAGGAAUGAUUAGGCAAUAUUCCUUAAGCCUUGACUGCUAAAUCGAAAAAGGGCCACUAUCUCAUAGACCAGAAAACAAGCAUUUUGAACCAACUAAAAAAUGCUGGGAAUUAGUAAUGCAUACGAGAGUGUAAACAAACAUAAACAUCCUUAGGAAGUCAACACGUUACCAUACUAUCCUUAAAAUAUUGGAAGAAUUAUAUUUUUCAAUAAAAUAUAAUAAACUGGAUGGAGAAAACGCCGAUAUAACAUUCGAGCUUUUUUGAAUUUUGUUGAGAUUGAAACACAAUGACAGCCUUUGAACCGAGCAUAAAUAAAUAAAUAAAUGCACGUGGAAAUUCCAUCUGAUCUGGAAUAAUUUAAAACGAAUAAAACAGAAAAUAUAGAAUAAAAAAUAAAAAAAAAAAUAAAAACAAAUAGAGAGCCAGAGAGUUUAAAAAAGAACGAACGAUAUGAGUAAAGUAUUUUGAUAUAAAAUAUUUUAAUUUCGUUGGUAAUUCAAAGAAAAUAUCAAAAUAAAUACAACAAGCGCGAAUGGAUAUGAUCUCCUAACAACGAAGAUGAAAGUAAAUAUUUUGAGGGAAGAGAAUAUUUAAAAGAACGAUAAGCAACAACAACAAAAAAACUAUAAGCAAUAAAAACAGAUAAAAAAUUUUUCUAAAUAUUUAUUAUAAUAAUUAAUCUAAUUAUAUAUUAAAAAUCUUCUAAAAGGAAAUAUAAAUGUAAAAUUUUGCGUUAAAGACGUAUGCAAAGAUAUUUAAUAAAAAUAAUAAUAAAUUUAGUGAUGAAUGUAAAUAUUUUGUAAAACAUCUCCAUUUUAUAUAUAUAUAUAUAAAUAUAAAUAUAAUUAAACGCGUUUAUUUAGAAUAAUUACAUAAAUAAAAACAACUGAUCUUAAUCGCGAUAAAAAAGGACCUUCAAUUGAUAACAUCCAUAGAAUACAAGGAUCGAUUUACUUAUUUUCGUAAGAACUAAGCGAAACCUGGUAUAUUUUAGAUUGGGUUGACAAUUUUUGCUCCAUUCUUUUUGUAUUUUAUUUCAUAAAGUGCGUGUAUGCUAUCGUAAAUAUAGUUAAUUGUUGAAAAAUAAUAAGCGGGAAUACUUAUAUAAACAAAUCACUCGUAUCUUGCCACAUAUACAACCCUCCAUUCAUUUAUAUUGGACAGAAAUUUUCUAUUUGUUCUUCAUAUUCAUUUUAAUACUAAACGUGAUUAUAUGAAGAUAAAAUCAGGGAAAUAAAAAUCUAUUUAACUUGUUUUCGGAUAAAAUAAGACUUUUGAAUAAUUUUUAAUAAAAGCAGUGAUGAUAAAAAUCAUGUUUUCGGUGGAAAAUAAUCGCAAUAAUUACAAUAAAUUCAGUAGAAUUUGUAAUAAUGGAUGCAAAUAUAAUUCUAGUAAAAUUGCAGUUAGAUAAUUCAUCAAAAAUCUAUAAAAAUUUUAACAGUUUCAAGGCAAAACCAGUGAUAUUGAUGCGAAAAUAAUACGAUAUAAACAUCAUUCUCAUUGAUUGAAUAAUAAAAUCAAGUAAUCUGUUGAAAGCUAGCCGAACUAUAACAAUAUAUCAGAAUAAUACUUUUCAUUAUAUUAAAUUAUACCUUAUUUUUAUAUCGUCCGGUACAAAUAUCAUUAACUAAUCAAAUAUCAUUAAUUACAUCUGAUUUGAUAAUUUUUCUCAUAAAAAUUAUUAAAAAAAAAAAAAAUUAAAUGAGAACCUCAGAUGUAAAGCUAUAAACAUAUAAAAUUAUAUUAUAUUAUAUUCGUUUAAAAAGCAACCGGAAUCAAACUUAAUAAAUUAAAUAAGCGUACGGAAAAAAACAUCAAGUUUAGAGAAUAAAGUAAAAAGUAUUGUUAUAAGCGGACAAGAUAACAAAUCAAAAUAAACAUAGUCUAAAAUAUCAAUAUUUAAUAGAAAAAUAGCGAAUAUAUCUAUUAUAUAAAUAUAUCUAUAUAAAUCUCAGCAAUACAAAACUAUAACAAUAACAAAAAUAAUAUUAAUUAUAAGAAGUAAAUAUAAAGCAAACAAAACAAACAUACUCAUUCACCGGGAUGGAUUUACGUGAUGCUAUUGUAAUUUUUAUUAUAUGGAUAUUCACAUUUGGUGGCCUGCAUUAUACAAUCGCUGAUCAAGUGGUACUGCUUGAUACAACCAAAGAAGCCACACUGGAAUGGACACGGUAUCCUUAUGGACCGCAAGCGCAAACACCAGGCUGGGUGGAAGAGUCAUUCACAAAUUUCGGCAAACGUAUUAACUGGCGAAGUUACGUUGUCUGUGAUGUUGCCUAUCAUAAUGUCAACAAUUGGCUGUGGUCGCCAUUUAUUGAUCGAGGUCCAGCGAAUCGUCUAUAUAUCGAAAUUCAAUUCACGAUACGUGAUUGCUCGCUGUUUCCAGGGAACGCGUUAUCCUGUAAGGAGACGUUCAGCUUACUCUUUUAUGAGUUUGACGCAGCGACACGGGAACCACCUCCUUGGCAGCCGGAGAGUUAUAAGCUGAUUGCUCGGAUAGCAGCGGGAGAAGGCCGCUUCAAUCAGAAUUCUAAUGUAGAUAUUAAUACAGAAGUGAAAAGCAUAGCGGUUACAAAACGCGGUGUAUACUUUGCUUUCCGCGACCAAGGUGCCUGCAUUAGUGUCCUGGCGGUUAAGGUCUACUAUAUAACUUGCCCAGCAGUAACGGAAAACUUUGCUCAUUUUAACGAGACGCCGACAGGUCGUGAAAUCACGAUAUUAGAAAAAGCCACCGGUGCAUGUGUCGAAAAUGCUGAAGCCACCGAACCACCGACUUACCUCUGUAAGGGUGAUGGCAAAUGGACUAUUUUGACUGGUGGAUGUAAGUGCAAGGUGGGCUUCGAACCGAAUGCGGAGAAUCAAACAUGCAAUGUUUGCCCUGCCGGGACUUUCCGUUCCAUGGAAAUCACAAAGUGUACAGCGUGUCCAUUAAAUUCUAAGUCAUCGAAAAUAGGUUUAGCCUAUUGUCCUUGUCAGCCGAACUUCUAUCGGCAUCCCAAAGAUGGGAAACACAUGCCUUGUUAUAAGCCGCCCGGGCCACCUACCAAUCUUACACUGCUAUUUAUGGAUCAGACCAGUGCAAUUUUGUCCUGGAACGCGCCGAUUCGUCAACCAGAUGAGAUGGUUGAUUCUAAGUACCGAACAGAUGUGGUGUUUAAGGUCAAGUGUCCGCUGUGUAACUCAAAUGUGGUGUUGAAUCCUUCAACGGAGACUUUCAACGAUACUAAGCUGACGUUGACGAACCUCGAACCGGUUACAACGUACACAGUUCAAGUCCAUUCUAUGAACGGAAUUUCAUAUCCUGUGAGCACGUCAGACUCGAAUGAUACAGACUCUGAAGGGACUUCAGGGUCGUCUGGCUCUGCAUCAGUUAUUAGCAGUGUAAUUGAUGACAAGAACGCUAAAUAUUCUUCUGAAUAUCCUGAUGAUACCGCAACUGUUAUUAAGACGGAAUAUGCUGAGAUUACAUUUACCACAGAGUCUGCGAUCCUGAGCACGGUCUUCAAUGUACGUAUCGUAUCGAUAUCGAGUCGGGAAGUGGACCUAGUUUGGGAUAAGCCAGUUCACAGUGAUUCGCCUAUUGAGUUCUAUGAAGUUCGAUGGUUUCCCAAACCAGAAUUGGAUGCCAUGAAUAAGACCGCCCUGAAUACGAAGGAGACUAAAGCACAUAUCGAUAAUUUAAUGGAGAAUACAGAAUAUGGUUUCCAAGUCCGUUGUAAGACACUGAAUGGUUAUGGUACUUAUAGUAAUAUUGUUUAUGCGCAGACACAUCAAAGUGUGAGUCCAGUUUAUGAUGAUUCAAUGCAAAUGCGUAUUGUUGCCGGAGCUACAGUUGCUGUUGUCUUUAUCCUAGUCCUUGUUAUUGUUGCAACUGUUUUAUUUUUGCGUUCGAAAAAUCAGGAUGAAUUGGAUAAGAAAACCAACAAUCACCUACCCCUUCCAUUGGACUAUGCCAGCAAUGAAGUACACGCUAUGGAUACGACACCAAUUGUUAAAACAAUUCAAUCGAAUGCCUAUGGUUUCUAUCGUCAAAAUAAUAAUUUUCCAGUGACUACACCAUUGUUUGGUACCAGCCGAAGCUAUGUUGAUCCUCACACCUAUGAGGAUCCAAACCAAGCAAUUCGUGAAUUUGCACGAGAAAUUGAUGCAAGUUAUAUAACAAUUGAAGCAAUUAUUGGUGGCGGUGAAUUUGGUGAUGUCUGUCGUGGCCGUUUAAAAAUACCACCAAAUUUUGUGCAAGAUAUUGACGUUGCAAUCAAGACGCUUAAGCCUGAUUUCACCCUAGGCUCAUCUGAAAAGGCUCGCUGUGAUUUCCUAACGGAAGCAUCUAUAAUGGGACAAUUCGAUCAUCCAAAUGUAAUUUAUUUACAGGGUGUUGUUACACGUUCAAAUCCUGUUAUGAUUAUAACAGAAUAUAUGGAAAAUGGCAGUUUAGAUACAUUCCUACGUGCCAACGAUGGUAAAUUUCAAACAUUACAAUUAAUUGGUAUGCUACGUGGUAUUGCCAGCGGUAUGGCAUAUUUAAGUGAUAUGAAUUAUGUUCAUCGUGAUUUAGCCGCACGUAAUGUGUUGGUUAAUGCUCAACUUGUAUGUAAAAUAGCUGAUUUUGGAUUAUCAAGAGAAAUUGAAAAUGCCAGCGACGCAUAUACAACACGGGGAGGCAAGAUACCUGUGCGCUGGACUGCACCUGAGGCAAUUGCAUUUAGAAAAUUCACAUCGGCAUCGGAUGUUUGGUCCUAUGGCGUUGUGUUAUGGGAAGUGAUGUCAUAUGGGGAACGACCAUAUUGGAAUUGGUCGAAUCAGGAUGUAAUUAAAAGUAUUGAGAAAGGCUAUCGUCUACCUGCCCCCAUGGAUUGUCCGGAGGCUCUUUAUCAAUUAAUGUUAGACUGUUGGCAAAAGCAGCGAACGCAUAGGCCUACAUUUGCCAGUAUAGUAUCAACACUGGAUAAUCUAGCGCGGCAACCACAAGCGUUGCUAACAACACGUAGUUCACCGGAUAAUGACGGUUCCCAUAUGAUUGAUACACAAAGUGGUCAUAAUAUAUUUAUUAGUACAGAUUUAUGGUUGGAAAGUAUUAAAAUGUCACGAUAUUCGCAACAUUUUAAAGAGGCCAAUUUAGUUACAGCGCAACAGAUAUCAAGAUUAACAGCCCAGCAGCUAUCUGAUAUGGGGAUUACAUUAGUUGGCCAUCAGAAAAAAAUAUUACAUCAAGCUCGACAACUUGACACUAUAAUUUAGUGCAAUUAAUUAUAAAUAUUUCAUUUAAUAAGUCUAGGAUAUAUCUGAAAUCUUGAAUUCAGCUAAUUUCCACUGAUUCCGUUUCUCUUUUGAGAAUUUCACAUUAUAAGUUAUUCAAAUUGAAAACGUAUUAUAAUUUCCAAAAAAAGAUAAAAACAAAAAAUAUAUAAAACUAAAAGAGACGGACAUGAAAAUAUUUGGUGAAAUAAUGAAAGAUAUGGAUGAGCGUUAGGGUACCGGCAAAUGUUUUAACAAACCAGUCAAAUAUUAUAAAUUAACUGACAAUUGGAUUUAUUCGAAAUGUAAAACUGAUAGAAUUAGAAUUAAAAUCUAAAAUGAAGAACGGCGUCCGCUUGAAAUGGAAUUUAAUUAAUUCAGCAUGUGCUAAGUUAAAUAAGAGUCGAGUGAUUGAAAUUUACUAGUUAACAUUUGGAAUUCUAAUUUAUAAUGAAAAAAAUAACAAUAUGGAGGACAUGAUGUAUUAGAAUUGUUAUUUGUAUUUGGUUUCUAUUUAAUUUUAAAGGAUAUCUUUAUAGAUCGAACCCAAUGAUAUAAGUGGCUCUUCCAUUGCUGUCCCUCCAAGACUUCGGUUUUAAUAUAUAUAACUCUUAGAGCCCUAUUUCUAUUUCUAUUGAAUUUUUUGUGUUCGGUAUUCAACAAAUAUUUAUAACCUGAACAAUCAUAAAUCGCAAGCAAUUUAAAGAUCUCUUAUUCCUUGUUGAAUCUCUGAAAGUAUAAUUUUUAAUUUAAUUUAAUUCUUGAUCAAAAACCAUUCUUUUUUAUGUAAAACAAGGCAGCGAAUUUCAUAUGCUAAUUUCUUGCCAUUUAAUAUUUUUCUAAUGGGAGAGAAAGGAUCUAAAACGUACAAAAUAUAAACGGCCAAUUAAAUUUUAUGUGUAUAUAUGUGUUGUGUUCUUCUUGAAAAAAAUUAAUUUACUAACGACAGGCCUGAACGUAUAUAAAUAUUGAACUGUUGAUAAUUUGAAAUUUGAAAAUCAGAGACAUAGCAAUAUGAUAUAUGCCUAAUAUCACAAAGUGAGACAUUUUUGAGAAACGAAAUCAAAUAAAUAGAUUUGAAACAACGCAACACCAAUAUGCUAAAUUCUAUAUGUAUAUAAUUAAAAAACAAACAAGCCUACAUAUAAAAAGAAUGGAAAUGUACAAUAGGGGCCUGCUCUCGUUAUUUCAAUAAAUUUAAUUCUAAAAAAACACAAAACAAACCAGUGAAAGAAUAGAUAAUUUCAUUUAUCCAUUUGAAUAUUCAAAAACAUCAAUAUCUCAAAAUUCCGUUUUAUAUUUCUAAUAAUUAUAAAAAAACUUAGAUUUGCGAUGAUAUACGCGAAUCAGAGACUUGAAAAUAAAAAUAGAGAACAUAAACAUUUGGAAAACAACAAAGCACUCUAAUGAGGCGAAAAUUUCAAUGAACCGAAAUGUGAUUUAAUUUUCCAUUUAUUUUUUUUUAUUGUAUCUUUUUUUUUUUAAUUAUUAAUUUAAUUUUUUUAAAUAAGAAAAAAAAAAAAACAAAUAUUUAACUUAAGUGUAAUUCCUUUUUAUACAUACAUUAAAACAAGAAAAAAUAUUAAAAUUUUUCACUAGCUUUUUUAAAAAUUAUAUAGUUAUCAUUAAACAAAAGAAAAAUGAAUGAAAGAAAACUUAUAUAAAAAAAAAUACAAAAAGAAGACAGCGUGUUUUUACUUUAGAAUAAGAAUUAUGUGGAUAUCAUUCAUUUUUUCAUUAUCAUGAAUUAAAAAAUAAAUGCAGAAUCUGUUAUGGUGACAAUUCAAUGAAAAUGAAGUUAGAAAAAGUCAACAAAAAACCCAACAUAAAUAAAUUAUAUCUCUCAAGCGGGAGAAUAAGAAAUAGUUACAACACCACAAACAUUUCUGUUUUGAUAUAUUUAUAUAUGUAUAUAUAUCCAUGCAUAUACAUGUAGAACGAAAACGCCAGCUUGAUUUUUAUCUUCCAUUUUUUUUUCAACUGAUUUUUUACUAUUCCUUUUUUUACAUAUAAAUUAGAAGAAGGGAAGAAAAGUAAACAAGAAAAUAAAAAAAAACAAAAAGUAUAUAUAUAUAUAAUAUGUAAAGUCGUGUAGAGAAAUAGUGCUAAAAGAAACUAAACGAAGGAAAAUCAACAACUGGUGAGCGCAUAUAUAACAUACAUUAAAGCAAGAAAACACACAAAAAAACAAAAACGAGGCAACCAAAAUCUAGAGAACAAAUCCAGAAGGCGAUAAGGAAUAUUUGAAUAAAAAUCACACAAAAAAAAAUAAAUCAAAGAAGAAAAAAAUAUUACAUAUUACUUAAUGCGCAAUGUGAAUAUGUCUGAGCGAAUGAGAGAAAUAGAGAGAAAGA